AUGAAUUGCUACGAUGCAAGCAGCUACUAUGCUAGUCCUGAGUUUUUGAUAAGUGUAUCGAAUAUUAUCACAUUUCUCGAAUUACCCGUGUUCAUUUUCGGAGCCUAUUGCAUUUUGUUCAAAACUCCAGAGAAAAUGAAAUGAGUGAAAUGGCUGAUGAUGAACCUUCAUUUUUGGAGUUCUAUAUCUGAUUUGACGAUUUGUUGCUUCGGUAUUACAUUUCUUCAUUUGCCACACAAUGCCGGGUAUGGGCUUGGUCUGAUUGAUGCUCCGCGGCUUAUGAUUUACUGUGGACUUACAUUUAUUGGAGCUUUUGGUGUUUCAAUCCUUGCAAUCUAUGAAAACCGAUAUUACAUCGUUUUUGCUCAAAACUCGAUAUGGCGCCAACUCCGGAAAAUAUUUCUGCCCUUGAUGUGCAUUUUUGUACCCCUUUAUUUUUUGCCGCCAUUUUUUCAAAUUCCGGAUCAAGAGAUGGCUCGAGUUCAUAUUCACAAUGAAAUUCCGUGCUUGAACUUAACUCUGGUGAACAAUAGAAAUCUAUUCGUCCUGUCGCUAAAUUCAAACCUCGUUGGAUAUUGUGCUGUAGUAGGAACUGUGGUUAUUGUUUCUCCAAUUGUGGUUUUCUUUUUUCUAACACUUUAUCAGUUUUUCAAAAUACGCAAUUCGUUGAAAUUCUCUUCAAAAAGCUAUCAGCUUCAGAAAAGCUUUCUGAUAGCCAUAUCUUUGCAAUCACUGUUAUCGUUUGCUUUCAUUUUGGUACCAAUCACCAUUGUGUUAUACUUAGUAGUUUUCUGGUAUUAUAAUCAAGUUCUCAACAAUUUUAUGAGCAUUAUGUUUUCCCUUUUUGGUUUGGAAACUUCUAUUGUAAUGAUUUUAGUACACAAACCCUAUAGAGAAUAUGCACUGUCUUUGAUACUAUGUUUCCGGAAAAGACCUGUUAAAAAGAUAAAAUGUAUAUCAGUUGUGAUGAUUCAUUAA